GGGCUGGGCUGGGUAGGGCAGCGCCUCGCCGAGCCGCGCCGAGCCGCGCCUGGCCGCCAGGGGCGCGGGCUCCCCUCGCACGGCGUCCGCCGCCGCCCCGCGCCCCGCUGACAGCCGCCCUGACAGCCGCGCCGCGCCGCCAUUUAACCCUCCCCCCGCCGCCGGCCGGGCCGGGCCGGGCGCUGCCGCCGCUCUCGCCGCCGGCGGAGGUGAGCUCCCUCCCGCCCGGCCGCCCAGGAGCAGCCCCCGGCGGCGUUUCCUCCCGCGGGAAGGAUCACGCUUCAGCCCUGUCCCUGCGCGCCCGUCCCGCCGGUGGCGGCGGCCGCUCCGCCCGCGCAGAGCCGCGGGCAGCGGCGCGGAGGCGUUCUUGGGAAAAAGUGCCUGCACUUCAGAGCUGAAGAAGGACAUGAGGAGUAAAAGGACCUGGGAUCUCACUGGCCAGAAUGAAACAGAUGUUGAAAGAUUUUUCAAAUCUAUUGUUAGUAGUGCUGUGUGACUACGUUCUCAGCGAAGUGGAGUAUCUCCUGUUGGAGCACCCAGGUCAUGUAGCCUUCAGCAAUGACACAGUGUCUGUGGAAUAUCAGUACUAUAGUGGUGGUAAUGUGACAGCAGAGCAUCUGUCCAUCCUGUUGCUGGAUGCCAGCACCGAUGAGAUAAUUGCAAGAAAACAGCUUCCAGCAAAUCAGUCCCAGGGGAUGGUAGAGUUUGAGUGUUUCUAUUUCAAGAGUGCUGGGGACUUCUUGUUCAGAAUGGUAUCUCCCGGCAAUAAUGGCAGUGCUGCCCAGUGGAGCCAAAGAAGCAUGUCCACCCUUCACGUGGAAUGGCCUGUAUUUCACAUUGAUUUGAACAAGAGUUCAGAGGCGCUUGGGAGCUCCCUUCAGGUUGGACUUUUUACAAAUGAGCAGUUGUGUGCCAUGAAUGAGACUGUGGUUUCGCUGGAUGUGAUAUUCACCACCACCCUUUAUGAAUUUGGACGAGUAAGCUCUGAUGAGACUCUGGGUAUUAGAACUAGCAAAGGAAUCCCGCUUUCUAGGUCCCAGUGGGUAGAGUUUGACUGCCCACCUGUUGGUCAGGAAACAUACAUCACUGUGUUACUGAAAUCGAUAGAAACACAUUCCAUCAUUGCCUCCAUAGGACCCAUAGAUCUCCUCCACAAAUUUGGAUACAGACUGGUUGUGGCACCAGAAGCAACAUGCAAAACUUUGGUUCAGGUCUUCAUAGUCUCUCCACCGUGCACUUCUAUCAGUGGAAAAAUUGUCGUCUAUAAAGAGGCUCUCAAGCAUCCUAGUCAAAGAACAACUUGGUUGUAUGAAAACACCCUUCACCCAGGAGACAACAAAACAGAAUUUAACUGCACUUUGUUUGAUGUGGGGAAGAACAAGUACUGCUUUGACCUCUUUAAUUUCUCAAACCGAAGCCAUUUCCCAACAAGAGUUAAGGAGUGUAUGACAAUCCAAAGGAAUAUGGAAACCUGGAGCCUGUGGCAGCCCUGGAGCCCCUGCAGUGUCACGUGCGGGGACGGCGUCCGGGAGCGCUUCCGAGAGUGCCUCACCUCCUCGCCAGCGAAACUAGGCUGUGCUGGAUCACCAAAGGAGACUUCCUUGUGUUCACUGGAGGACUGUUUAUCUCUCAAGCCUCCCACCCCACCUUCUGUCCAGACAGGAGAGGACCAGAAAGCAAAUAAUAUAGUCACCAUCACAGGUAUCUCCCUAUGCUUGUUCAUCAUCUUUGCCACCGUUCUCAUCACCCUCUGGAGGAAGCUCUGCAGAGCUCAGAAGUGCAGCACCACUGUCCGCCGAAACUCUGUCCAUUCCCCUGGCUUCCGGAAAAACUCUGACGAAGAGAACAUUUGCCAAGGUAACAAGCAGCGGGACAGCUUCGCAGAAGGAGGGGACGCCCCUGUAAACAUUCCUCUGACCUACAGGCGAAGCCUCCAAUUUGCCCAAGAAGGUGAUGCCUCUGGAAGUGAGAACUUUCAGCCAAAUGCCCAAAAAAUAAUCCCUCCGAUUUUCAGCUACCGCCUCGCACAGCAGCAGCUGAAAGAGAUGAAGAAGAAAGGCCUGACUGAGACCACCAAGGUGUAUCACGUCUCUCAGAAUCCCCUCACAGACACAGUUGUUGGUGCCACCACGAUGCUUCCCCUGAGCGGGGAAAACCAAGAGGAGGCAGCGUCAAACAAAUUUAGGAUCAAAUCUCCAUUUCUGGACCAGCCAGCCAGUCAGCCCAAAUUCCCAGGGGAAAGCUGUCACCCUAGGCUGGAUUUUCCAUUCUCACAGGCCAAUCCUGCAAUGAGCCCUACCCAAACCUUGAUAAGAAGAGCUCAUUUCAAGCACCAGGAUAACAGAGGGGACUUGUCCGAGAGGGGCUGCCACAGAAACCCGCAGUUUAGAAGAACAGCCAGUUUCCAUGAAACUAAAAAGGCCAGGCCUUUCAGAGAGAGAAGCAUGUCCACCCUCACCCCCCGACAGACUCCUCUCUACAACUCCAGGACCAGAACGUGGGACCAGGGUUUGGAGGACAGGACACGGCCAAAAUCGAGAAACGCUAAUCCAACUUGUGAAAAGCUGGAUCAGCCCCACAGCACCAUGCUGGCGUGUGACCCGCAGGGCCAUGGCACAAAGUCCCUCCCCAGGGCAGGUCCUCCGGUGAAGAAGCUGGACCUGAUCACUGACCGCCAGCCUGCCAGUCAGGAGAAGGCGGCUGAUAAGCCAGAGCCCAGCCGAAGUAAGAGGGGCCCUUCACCUAAUGCCAGAGGCGCAUGGCGGAAGGAAACGGGCUUGGCUGGCAAAGAUAAUUCCCAGAGAGGCCCAAGUGUAAGCCCUGCCCAGUACCGAAGGGACAAGUGCCAGAGCUACCCUUUGGACCCUGACUUUGCCUUUUAUGAUAAUACUACUUUUGGCUUAACGGAGGCAGAGCAGCAGAUGAUCGACCUCCCUGGGUAUUUUGGCUCAAAUGAAGAGGAUGAAACAAGUACUUUAAGCAUUGAGAAGCUGGUGAUCUGAGUGACUCAUUGCAGCCCUUCAGGAGGGGUGUGCACAGGGGAGGAUCUGCAGGAUCUGUUGGCUUCUGGUGGAAGGAGCAGUGGGAAUUGCAUUAACGCUGCACAGAGCAGGAGGGAAUAACACCCCAAGUCUGGCUUGUGGGAACACAUUCCUUCCUAAUUACUGGAAAGUGCUUCCAUAUCAUUAUUUUUUGUAUGUAUGUGUGUACAAUACACACAGAAUACCCUGGGAAAGCAUGUGUUAGUGAAGGUGUGAUGCAGGAAUAGCCAAUAGAUUUUAUUGCAUAAAACAGUCGUGUUUCGUGCAUCGUACAUAUUGAGUGCCACUGAUCUAGCCUUUCUCGCCUUGUGGACCGUGUGCUAGUAGAUUAUGAUGUCCUAAAGCAUCCAUUGUCCACUGUCCUCAACUGUGUGUCCUAAUUAGUGAAUCAUUUCCCAUUUAGAAAACACAAACCUCAAGUUGUGAGCGGUUUUCAUUGUUUUUUUGGUAGUCGUUACUGAACUGUGUUAAUUCGUUGUAAUUGCUCAAAUAAGUCGUAUGGUGGUGUUUCUUUUAGCUGGUUGCAUGAAAGUGCAAACAACUGACACUGAAUACUUGGAGUUACUUUAAAAUUGAGGGGCCAUUCUUCAUCAUUCAAGACUUUGAUAUUUUCUUUCUGACAAUAUUUAUACAAAGAAAACACAGUAACUUAUAAUUACUUGCAUUUACAAAGUGAGUAGAAAAGGGCAUGCCUCUGGGAGGGCAAAGGAAACUGAUGAUUAAAUUUUAGCCAUCCAAAACAUUCCUGGAGCAUUCAAGUACCUGCAAAAGGCAGUGAGAGGACUGUUGAAUCACCCAUCUUAUCUAUAAUCAUCUUUGCCUUUACGAAACAUCUUCUUUUUUGUGUGUGUAAAUAAAUUGACAGUAAUGCUACUACAGCAAGUUCAAAAUAAAUUAUGAACAAAACCAGCAAAUACCACAUUUAUUUGAUUAAUACCUGUUUCGCAGACAAGAAGAAAAAGUAAAAAGGCUUGACAACAUCGGAUGAUUCCCAGAGAAUCUUAUGGUGAAGCACAAAAGUUACAUUGUGGUUUUUGUCAUGCUUUAAAACCAGAGAUCACAAACUGGCGAUUACACGCUGCUGCAAGUAUUCAGAGCUGGGUUGAAACUCCAGUUAACAGUAGAGACAGAGCUUGGGCCAGUGAGAAUGACUCAGAGACUUUACUUGCUAUUUGUUAAGAUAACCGUCUCUUCAGGGAGUUCCCGAAGACCAGGAGAGUGCUGUUGGGCAGCUACAAGAAAGGAGGAGAUGCUCCCCAUGGAGGAUGGAGUGAGAGAAGGUAGGUUCAGGCAGAGGACUGUCAAAGAACAACUUUUCCGUAAGGAGCCCAACCCUAUGUGCCCUUUAACCUGCCUUGUGGGUGUGAAGCAAAAAUUAGCAUGUUCUUAGUUGUCUGGCAGUAGGCUGCUAUCUUCCUCAAAACUGGCUUUCUGAGUGGAAGGAUAGAUUUCCCAAUCCCCCACUUCUUUUUCCUCCAACAACAAUUUUAAAGAGAAAUCAGCAUUGCUGCGCAUUAGCCAGUUACCGAGGGCACCCCACUGAAGUGUCCAAAGCGUGCACAGGUAACUGGACAGGUGCACAGUGGGAGGGCUUGCUGUGACAGCCUGGGAGGAGCCAGACGCUCAGCAUUUGGCCACCAGAGUCAAGCCCCUCCAUUUGAACUGCCUUUUUGAUGGGUAACAUUUUGUAGCUGCUGCUGGAGCGCCAGAUCCGACUCGCAGGGUGAUGCGAGCUCCCUCUGCCCCAGGAGCUGCACCAGCAUGCCGCGUUGUUGGCAUUCAGCCCUUCAGCCCCUUGCGGUGAUCGUACCAGCUACGCAUUCCCGUAAGCUGUCAGGUUGAAAUGCUGUUUAAAGCAUUUGAGAACAUGUCCACACUUGAAGGGUGAUCCAAAGCUAAUCAAAUGUAAUGAGUCUUUAAAUUGACUUAAAUGAGCUGGAAAUCAGACCUCUGAAGCAAUUGCUGCUCAGGUUACUUACCACCCCUGAACCAAGGUAAACUCUGCCGUGUGAAGCACGUUUGCCCUGAAGCAGCUAUCUGUCAGCGUUGGAGCUACAGUGCUACAAUAUCUAUUCACAGCUUUGAUGAGCCUCUCAGCCUGGGAGACCCUGGAGAAACGGGAGAUCAAAUGUACAUACAGCACAGCAACAUUCAGCAAGUAUUCCCCUAACCUUCAGCGCUUGGCAGCAGCCCUCAGGUGAAAUAAGUACUCAAGUACUCAGCUAGUGGUAUUUUACCCUGUUUAUUAAGACAAAGGGUUCUGGAACACUUCCUGGAGUUUGCUGUGGGAGUUGCAGGGUCCUGCACAAAGCCUGCAUCUCCAAGGGGGUUCUCUGCACAGCAGGAGGGCAGAGGAGGGGGACCCUUGCUCCAAGUCAGAUGCUACUGCCUGCAACCUUGUCUCAGUGUUGGGCUGCAUUCAGAACAGCUGCUGUAAUGCAUUCAAUGGACUUAGGUACAUCUUACAUCUAAGACAGCAAGGCAGGCCCCUUCCCUCCCAGUCUGUCACAUCUUGUCCCCGUUUUCUCUCUUGGAGACAGAAAAAAGCUCCAUAACAUAUUGAUGCUGGCCGAAGGCAGCCCAGCUAUAAUGCCUGCCUCUCUGUAUUGACACAGGGUGAAAUGGGCUCCCAGCUCUGGACUUUCACAGCACUCACUUCUCACUCACUGGGGAACUGGACUGGGUAGCAGCUGUUUGACUAAGCCCUGUUGGCUUUAUCUCCAGCUUGAUACUCCAUUAUCAGAUGGGUUAUCGGCUGUUCAAUGAACUGUCAAACCACUAGUGUUGUCUGGUGCUGUAGUUGAUUUCCAGCAUGCAGAGUUGAGUAUCACUAGUCCAUACUCUUUACCCUGCUUCCCUAGCUCUCUGCUGAAGAAUGGGGUUGAGCAUCAUCUGCCAGAAGGCAUUAACGUGACCUUACUUCACCCACAUUUCUCUGUGUCUUCUGCCUAGACAAAAAUUGUUCUUACUGCCCUCAGCACUUCAUCGGUGGCCACAUGGUUAUAACAUGCACACAGUGAUUCCUUACGUUCCCAACAUGCAGUUACAACCUCGCACUAAGAUUUUACCAUUGUAAAAUACAGAAGUAGCAAUCAGAAAGGAAAUAGUAAGUGGUUGUUCACACUCCAUUCUUCACAAGGGCAGCCUCCUUUCAGAGACGUAGGUGCAAGUUCCGUUCCAUGUGGGUACGCACCAGUGCUGGGAAGAGGGCAGCAGGGCAGUCUUGCCAGAACACAGGCUUUAGGAGCACGGCUCCCUGGAGCGCUGGCUCACUGUGCUCUGCUGUUCACGUUCGCGAUCACUAGGAUGUCUAGGAAGAAGUGAGAACAGGGUUUACCUCUUGACAAAGCAGAGGAACCAAAUCAAGUUUUACACUGAACCUUCACAAAUCUCUGCAUUGUCUCCAGGACACCUUGAGCCAUGGAAAUCAAACUUACCUUGUAGACCCUCUAAACUACCCAGGACAGCAGGUGCAGUAGUACCAGAACCAACAACAAAAGAAUGACGUUCUCAUAUUACGAGCUUUCUCAAGAUUUUUAUCCAUAUUUCUGUUCAAGUUCCUACUGUUGAAAACCAGAUAAAAAGCGUUAAGUCCUACUGAGAUUAUUUUAUUUCACACUUUAUGGCUAUGUAAUACAAAUUACAAUAUGUAUGAAGCUAAAAGCAAAUCAGUGGAAAAGAACUACCAGUUUAAAAAAAUCGUUGUAAUUCAGAAAAAAAAUAGGCUCAUUCUACAACGUGGUAGUUAAAUGAUUUGCAUCAAGCUGAUAUUACUGUUCAUUUUUAACUGUUGUUAUUAACAACUGUGGAAAAUAAAUUUUCAGUGUUCCAUUUC